AUGGGUGAUGAGAAGCAGAAUGAGAUUGAAUCAGUGCCCAGUGAAGAAGAAGAGAAGGCUUCAGUGGAUCCUUUUGUGGUCCUGGUGCUCUGUGUCUCCUGUUUGCUUCUCCUUUCACUCUGGAGACAGAGUUCUGGGAGAGGGAAGCUCCCUCCUGGCCCCACUCCUCUCCCUAUUAUUGGAAAUAUCCUACAGUUAGAUAUUAGGAAUAUCAGCAAAUCUUUCAGCAAUUUCUCAAAACUCUACGGCCCUGUGUUCACUGUGUAUUUUGGCCUAAAGCCCACUGUGGUUUUGCAUGGAUAUGAAGCUCUGAAGGAAGCCCUGAUUGAUCAUGGAGAGGAGUUUUCCGAGAGAGGUGCUUUGCCACUAAUUGAAAGAAGUCAGAAAGGGCAUGGAAUCAUUUUCAGCACUGGAAAGAGAUGGAAAGAGAUGCGGCGUUUCUCUCUUUUGACCUUGCGAAAUUUUGGGAUGGGUAAGAGAAGCAUUGAGGACUGCGUUCAAAAGGAAGCCCGCUGUAUUGUGGAGGAGUUGAGAAAAACCAAUGCCUCACCCUGUGAUCCCACUUUCAUCCUGGGCUGUGCUCCCUGCAAUGUGAUCUGCUCCAUCGUUUUCCAAAAUCGAUUUCAGUAUGAAGAUAAGAAUUUUCUUACCUUAAUGGAAAGAUUCAACGAGAACUUCAGGAUUGCAAGCACCCCAUGGAUCCAGGUUUGCAAUAUUUUUCCUUUUCUCAUCGAUUACUUCCCAGGGACUCACAACAAAUUCCUUAAAAAUGGUGCUUUUACAAAAAGUUAUAUUUUGGAGAAAGUAAAAGAACACCAAGAAUCACUGGACAUUAACAAUCCUCGGGACUUUAUUGAUUGCUUCCUGAUUAAAAUGGAGCAGGAAAAGGACAACCAACAGUCUGAAUUCACUGUUGAAAACUUGGUUAGCACUGUAUUUGACCUGUUUGUUGCUGGAACACACACAACAAGCACCACUCUGAGAUAUGGACUCCUGCUCCUGCUGAAGCACCCAGAGGUCACAGGUAGGACCACAGAUGAUGAACAAACUAAAGUCCAGGAAGAGAUUGACCGUGUAAUUGGCAGACACAGGAGCCCCUGCAUGCAGGACAGAAGCCACAUGCCUUACAUGGAUGCUGUAUUGCAUGAGAUCCAGAGAUACAUUGACCUUAUCCCCAAUGGCUUGCUUCAUACAGUGACCUCUGACAUUAAAUUCAGAAACUACCUCAUCCCUAAGGGCACAAACAUAGUGCCAUCACUGACUUCAGUGCUUUACGAUGACAAAGAAUUCCCCAACCCAGAGGUAUUUGACCCUGGCCACUUUCUGGAUGAGAGUGGCAACUUUAAGAAAAGUGAAAACUUCAUGCCCUUCUCAGCAGGAAAACGGAUUUGUGUUGGAGAAGGACUUGCCCGCAUGGAGCUAUUUUUAUUCCUGACUACCAUUUUACAGAACUUUAACCUGAAAUCUCUUACUGAUUUAAAGGCCCUCAAUGCCACUCCCACUGCCAAAGGACUUGUUUCUAUGCUACCUUCAUACCAGAUCUGCUUCACUCCUGUCUGAAGAAGGUUAAGUCACCUGGCUACUGAUCUUUUGUCACCUGCAAGUCUUUUUUUAUUUUUUUUUAAAUCAGGGAGAGUUCCAAUAUUAGGGAUAUCUUUUCUGACCUCUAAUCACAUUUUCCCAUUCCCUGAAGAUGCAUUGAACAUCCGAUCUUCAUUAAGGAGACUUGCUUGGGUCAUUGCACAAAUAUAUCUGUUAUUAUUAAUAUUCUGUAUUACUUUUAUUGACUGCUACACAUACUAAUAAUUUGUGCUGAGUUUUUAAUGUUUUCGUUAUAAAACAGAGAAAAAUGAUUACCAUAUCAUAAUUCAGAUUCAUUUCUUCUGUGAAUAUUCUAAAUGAAAAGUGUUACUAAUUGCUAGCUUAUUCUCAGCUUUUUCCUCUUUUGUCCAUAAUGCAAGAAAGAAAUGAAACAGAGUGUCAGCCAUGCUGUCCCUCAUAAUGAUAAGCAUAGAGAGGGACAAAGGGAAAGAGGGUGGGGAAGCUUUCUUGGCUGCGUGUUAUCUAGAGUUUCUCAAGGUUUGGAUUUGAGAAAGAAGGUCUCUCAAAGAGCAAAACUAACCUUUAGGGAAAUAUUAAAAGGAUAAGUGAUAGGUAGGAAUGAACAUUAAGUGUCAGAACUCAUGCCCUUACUUAGGUGUUACUGUCCACACUAAAUACAAAUUUGAAAUAUCAUUUUUACUUCAUGUUUCCAACUUAGAAUUAAGUAUAAAUAUAUGCUCUCAAAUUGCUACUCAUGUGUUCUGAAUGUUAUUCUUCUCUCCCCAAACAAGAACAAAAUCUCCGCAAAGCCUCAGUAGAUUAUAUUAUUUUUCUAAUUUAUACCUCAUUGUUUCACACUUAUCAUUAAUGUGAUGAUAAUUUGAUUCUAUGGCCCUGAAGUGAUUAGCCUCAUUUUAUCUCCAAAAUAUACACAAUUGAACAUCUAACACACAUCAAAUUCUAGUCUUCCAUUCCCAUUCCUUCUAUCUUCAAGUUUAUGAAAUGAGAAUGGACAUCAGUGAUUACUCUUUGUGAGCUUAUCUUCCAGAGGAAGUCACUUUGUCAUGCAUUUUAAGCUCUUAUGUAAGUGUACUGAUGUACAUAUAUGUAUAUAUGUAUCUAUACACAUAUGACUGCAUAAAUAUAUAUUCACUCAUUGUAUAUAUUAUAUACACACAAAUACAUAUGCUAUUAAGUGUGGUUCUUUAUAAAAUUGGGCUCAUACUACACAUAUUUUCUACAACUUGAUGUUUUUCUAGUAAACAAUAUACCAGGAACCACCCCAAUAUAAUAAAAACAUGGAAAAAUGAUUCUAAUGAACACAUUGGAAAAGAAAAUGGAAAUGGUUAUUAAACAUGAAAAUAGCUUAAAAACAAAAAAGUAUAUAUUAUAUAUCUUUUAAACAUUCUUGAGUGGAAAAUGAAAAUAUGUUCAUGUAAGCAUUGGUCAAGGUGUGGACAAACAGGCACUCUUGUACAUUUAUACAGAAGGCCAACUUCUCAAUGAGGCAUACAUUGAGUACCUUACUGAAAUUUGUAAUCUUCCCUUCAUCACCACCUUUCCCCAUCAGUCAACUUUUGGUUCCCUUUACAUUUCUUUUUGGAAUUUUGCAUGUUUUGUGUUAAUCUUUCUUAUAAACCUAGGAGGUAUGUAAAAUUUGUGUUAGUUUCCAUGAGUACUAUAACAAAUUAGAACGAACUUAGUGGUAAAAUAAUGCAAAUGACUUUCUUACAGUUCUGAAGUUUGAAGGUCCAAUAUCAGUUUCACUGGGCUAAGAUCAAGGUGUUGAGUAAGGCUGUUUCCUUCUGAAGGUUCAGGGGGGAAUUUAUUUCCCCGCGUUUUUUUUUUUUUUUUUUUUUUUUUUUUUUUUUUUUUUUUGCUUCUAGAGGCUGCCAACAUUCCUCAUCUCAUGAGUCCUUUGCUUGGGGUAUCACAUCUUCUACUAUCCACUCUUAUCCUCUUAUUUCCCUCUUAGAAGGAUCAAUGUGAUUACAUUGGGCCCACUUGGAUAAUCUAGUGUAAUUUGCCCAUGUCAUAUCCUUAGCAUAAUACAUUUGGAGUGUUUCUUUUACCAUGAAAAGUAAUACAUUUAUAGGUACACAGGUUGCUAGGAUUAGGAUAUUUUGUGAGGAGAUGAGGUUAUUAAUCAGCCUACCACACUACAGUUACACCCAUUUUAUCACCAAAUAACUGAGAUGAUGUUUUGUUAUGAGUCUUGCUCAAGGUCAAACAGAUUUUAAGUGCAGAGACCAGAAUGGAACCAAUGCUAUCUGACUGAAAAGUGGAGUUGCUAAUCACUUUGCUAUUAACUCUUUUUCCUCCCAAUUUUGUGCUAAGAUAAAAUACACAUAAAUAAAAUUCACUAUCUUAAACAUU